CAGCAUCUCAAUUGCUUCGUAUCUGUAUCAACAACCACCAAACAUCUCAUCCACCCGCAGCUCAUGCGCCGUAUGAGCAAAAUACGAGCACUUUUGAGCAGUUCACGUGACUCAGACCAGGCCCACGCAGCCAACCGCCCGGCAGCCAGAUAUUUGCUUCUUCCCGCUGCAGAGAUCUUCUCAUAGUCAGACCAGGCUGUCUCUUUGCUUCCCUCCUGUUUGUUGCUGUUUUCUCACAGAGCAGCCGUAGAUCCGCGUGCUCAGCGACGCAGUUGCGCUGCUAUUGCGCAAUCCCGAGAACGGCUCGUGGACAAAACGCUAAAAUAAAUUCAAUCCCGGCCUCGAACCAGCUUCCCCAGAAUCCUCCUCCUCCUCCUCUCGUCCAUCAUCCUUCCUGCUCCUCCUGCUCCCGCUCACUCGCAGCGUCGCUGUCUGCCGAUCACCCUCUGAUCCAGCGUAAUCCAAUGUCGGUCUUGCGCGCAAGACUGGGUCUGCUCGCGCUGCAGCGCCCGUCCUUGCUCCUUCUCCCAGCUGCUUCGGCUGCCGUAGCUGCCCACCCGUUUCAAUCCCAGUCGACUUCGUUCUCCUCAUCUGCUUCUUCCUCCUUCUCCUCCUCAUCCUCUCCUUCUCCUGCUCCAGGUCUGAGAUGGCGUCUAUCGUCAGUCGUGCAGACCGCCCACCGCGCGCGUCAGAUACGUCUCCUGCACUCUUCUCCGAUACUCCCCAACUCCUCCAAGCAGUCAUCUCCGAACCAGUCAGCAAAGAAACCCAUUUCUGCUGAGGAAGUCAAGCCAGAGGCCAAACCAGAGGAGAAAAAACUGCAAAACUUCAGCAAGCCGCCUGCAAAUGCUUUGCUCGAGGAAAAAGUCGUCGAGCCAAAGACGCAGCGCGCGGCGGAUUGGGCCAUCAUGAAGGAGAUGAUGCAGUAUCUGUGGCCAAAGGGACAAAAUGGCGUCAAAGUGCGCGUCGUGAUUGCUCUGAUCCUGCUCAUCGGCGCUAAAGUGCUCAACGUGCAAGUCCCUUUCUUCUUCAAAGAGAUCAUCGACGCAAUGAACAUCGACUUUACCUCCCACGCCGGCACGCUCUGGACCGUUGCCGGCGCCGUCAUUGUCGGCUACGGCCUUGCGCGCGCGGGCUCAACACUCUUUGGCGAGCUGCGCAACGCGAUCUUUGCCUCCGUCGCGCAAAAAGCGAUUCGCUCGGUCGCGCUCGACGUGUUUCAGCACUUACUCCGGCUCGAUCUCAACUUCCACCUCUCGCGACAGACAGGUGGGUUAUCGCGCGCAAUCGACCGCGGUACCAAAGGUAUCUCGUUUGUGCUCACGUCGAUGAUCUUCCAUGUCUUGCCCAUCACGCUCGAGAUCGGAAUGGUCUGCGGCGUGCUCACGUACAGCUACGGCUCGCAGUUCGCGGCCGUCACAUUCUUCACCAUGCUUGCGUACACAAUGUUCACAAUCAAGACGACCGCGUGGCGGACCAAGUUCCGCAAGGACGCCAACAAGGCCGACAACCGCGCCGCGACUGUUGCAGUAGACUCGCUCAUCAACUACGAGGCGGUCAAGUACUUCAACAACGAGGGAUACCAAGCCAAACUCUACGACAAUGCGCUGGCAGACUACGAGGCCUCGUCGAUCAAGAUUGCGACCUCGCUCGCGCUCCUCAACUCAGGCCAGAACCUCAUCUUCUCGUCCGCGCUGACGGCGAUGAUGUACAUGGCAGCGCAGGGAGUCAUGGAUGGAUCGCUGACGGUCGGCGAUCUGGUGAUGGUCAACCAGCUCGUGUUUCAGCUCUCGGUCCCGCUCAACUUCCUCGGCACGGUCUAUCGUGAACUACGCCAGUCGCUGCUUGACAUGGAGACGCUGUUCAAUCUGCAGAAGGUGAACGUGGCGAUUAUCGACAAGCCCGGCGCGCCGGAGCUUAAGCUGACAAACGGCGAUAUCAAGUUCGAGAACGUGACGUUCGGGUACCACCCCGACCGCCCCAUUCUUUCAAACGCGACGUUCACGAUCCCCGGCGGACAAAAAGCGGCGAUCGUGGGUCCAAGCGGCAGCGGCAAGUCCACGAUCCUGCGCCUGCUUUUCCGGUUUUACGACGUGCAGUCCGGUCGGAUCUUGGUCGACGGGCAGGAUAUCCGGGACGUGAGCCUCGACAGUCUUCGCCGCAAGAUCGGAGUGGUGCCGCAGGACACGCCGCUGUUCAACGAUACGAUCUUGCAUAACAUCCGGUACGGCCGGAUGGACGCGACGGACGAAGAAGUGCGACGGGCGGCCGAGCGCGCAAAGAUCGACAAGCUGAUUUCCGAUCUUCCGGACGGGUGGCAGACCAAGGUCGGCGAGCGAGGAAUGAUGAUCUCGGGGGGCGAGAAGCAGCGGUUGGCGGUUUCGCGGCUGAUUCUGAAGAACCCGGAGAUUAUGUUUUUCGACGAGGCGACCUCUGCGCUUGAUACGCAGACGGAGCAGUCGUUGAUGCAGAACAUCAAUGGAAUUGUUAAGGAAGAGGGGACGACGAGCGUGUUUAUUGCGCACCGGUUGAGGACGAUUAUGGACUCUGAUAAGAUCAUUGUGCUGAAGGGAGGCAAGAUGGUGGAGGAGGGUACGCAUGGUGAAUUGAUUUCGAGUCAGGGAGGAGUGUAUGCGGGGAUGUGGCAUGCGCAGGAGGUGAUUGAGGUGAUUGAGGAGGAGGGCGAGGCGGUGCAGAAGGAGAUUGAGCAGCUGAAGAAGUUAGAGUAGUGUAUAUAGGCUUUAGAUGGAGUAAUAAUAUUUUGACAACAUAGAUGAUGAAGAGAGUGGGAGUAGUGUAUAUAGGCUAUGGAUGGAGUAAUAAUAUUUUGACAGCAUUAGUCUAAGAUGAUGAGGGUGGUAUAAGGUAUAGGUGGAGUAAUUAUUAUUGUUUGAUAUAUACAUUAGGAGUCAGACUGCUCUUCAUUGUCGUCGUCGUCGUCCUCUUCUUCUUCCUCAUCCUCAUCCUCCUCCUCCUCAUCAUCAUCA